UCUUUCAACAACACUUGUCGUGGAAACACCUUUGAAGAUUUGUACUGUUUUGCUCCAUAUGUAUCCGCGUGUACGCUAUCAAAAACAGUGAAAACUACUUGAACCAGAGACCAGACACCAGAUUUAUUAUAUUUCAACACUCGCAUUCAUCAUCGAUCCCCCAACUCCUCCCAUGUGCGAUUCGUGUUACGAAACAUUCGAUCGAAUAUAGAAUAAUUUCGAGGAAAAGUUCAAUUUACUCGAUUUCGGUUUUUUAUGAGACGAGAGGAAAGUGAGGGAAAAGUGAAGCUAAUCUGUUGUUGUGUUGAAUGGAUGUUUUAAUUGGUGCGAGUUGGAGAUCGUUACUAUUGCUGCUGAUUCGAGUGACGGUGAACGUUUGAAGCUGAUUUUGAACGCGUUGACGCAGACAGAUCGAGGCAAGUGUGCAUGUUUGCAGAGAUUGAUACCCACCUCCGGGGGUUAAGCAGCUGAUUGCAGCAAAGCAAAAAAUCGCGUUUGGCCACCCGUUAGUAUCCUGUUUUCGGAAAGCUAGGUCCUUCAUGUGGAAUAAUUCUGAAAGUGGCAGUAGCUAAGUUUUCCGAAAAACAGAUUUAACAUUCGAAAGAGAGAAAUUUUGAACAAAGUCAACCUUCCAAAGUAAACACAAACGACGACUAAAAGAAGUACAAGUGCUUUAAGUGAGUGAAGAAGCAAUAGACAAAGGCAAAUUGAAUACAUCAGAUUUCCUUGAACUGACGAAAAACGUAUGUGUGUGUGUGUGCAACAAUUUCGACAAAAGAGAGAGAACAAAAGUCAACGGACGGAAAAUAAAAACUUUUUUGAGCCAUUUCACUCUAAUCAACGAUAAUUCAAAUCAAUAGUUAGUUGCAACAGUGCAUGCAAGAAGAAAUUGUGUACAAUAGGAGAGUAUAUAGUAGUGUGGGGCAAACUGAACUCGAAACUUGAAAGGAGGAAAAAAAACUGAGGCACUGAACCGAAUUUUGCUUCCCCUCCUCACGGGCCGCAUCGUCACUACUAUCUUUCGGACGAACCCGCACGUGUGUGGCGCAAAAAAAAAGUAAGUGUAAUUGUGAAAGUACCCUAAACCGUCGAGCAUCGCGACGACGAAGACGGGAAAGACUUUGACGAGUGUAGAAGUGCGGAAAGAAAAGAAAAAGUAACCGCACGUCAGCAACUGCAGCAACAACAACAACUACUACGACUACGGGGACUCGGUGAAUGAAUUCAGCGAAGAGGAAAAAAAAUCUUUGGCGAAGAAAGCAAAGGAAAACGGAAAAAAUAGUGUUUGAAGUCGUAGCGAAUUUAAUGCAUGGAAAACGUCUAUAACAGUAUUGGAAAUUGUUUCGUGCGGGAGCGAAAUUGGAAAAAUUAAUUAACCCACCCCAGUGAUAAUCGGCUGUGCAGAAAUAUUUAAUUUUUUUCUACAUUGUUAAUUUUAAAAAAUCGUUUGAAACAAAAGGAGAAGGUUGAUAAACUACACCGAAAGGAGAAAAAACGGAACCACUGCUGAAGUAAAUAACUCACAGAAAAGCAAAGACGAAGCCAUAUUAGAUAGCCAACCUUACGAUAAAGCAAUCAAAAACUAGAGUACAUACGUAUUAUAGCUGUACUGCAGCCCAGCAAGGUGUUUGCUCGUGGAGAAUAGCUAGCAAGCAAGCAGAAACAUGUCUUCAGUAAGUACCCCGACUGGUGAAUCAGCCCGGCUGGUCACCCUAGCAGUAGUAGUUGCCAAGACGGAGGAGGAGGCGCCAGCAGUCACGGCUGUGGAGCCAACCAGCGUGGCAAAUAGCAGUGGUAAUGCAAGAAUUGUUGAAAAGGUGGAAACCGCCACUAUGACUGAUAUGCUUCCUAUGGAAAAAGAAGAAAGUGAAAGUGCUGCUCAGAGCAGCAAACCCGCAGCCACGGGCAUUGUCGAGGAGGCAAAGAAAUGCUCCGAAAAACCCCAACAGCCAUCGACCGAAAAUCGGUGCACAACGGUUGCACUCAUCAUGAAGAGUGAAACAAUUAUCAAAGAAACCAUUCAGGAGAUUGAGGGACUAGAACUGGACGAUACCGUCGAUGCGGAAGAACCUGACACACUGUCACCAUUGAUGACCGAUAAUCACACAUUUCUGCAACAUCAGGAGUCACUGCGUGAGGAUCCGACAUCGCAGCAUCACUAUCACCAUCAUCAUCACCAUCACGGACACGAUGAGAUUCACGAUUACGAUCUAGAUGAUGACGAAGAGGAAGAUGACGAGCUGUACAUGGAGGAUGGUGACCACAUGGGCCCAGCGCAACCAACGGUAAAUAUGUCACAUUCGGAAACGAAGGAUUCGAUUAGUUCUAUCGACAGCGACGUAUCGUUGUCGUUCGAUAGAAGAAAUUCCACAGAAUCACAGAAUCCUCCAGAAGAUGUCGGAGCUGGCUCGUCCGAUGAUGCUGCCAAGGAUUCCGGCUGCGAAAUCACUAAGAAAUUGGACGAAAAUGCCGAACCCAAUGAGGACGAAGCCUUCGAAGUUCCCGACGAUGACAUGUGCGAGAAGAUCGUCGAACAGGUAGAGUUCUACUUCUCCAACGAUAACAUCCUGAAGGAUGCCUUCCUGUUGAAACACGUUCGUCGCAAUAAGGAAGGAUUCGUCAGCUUGAAGUUGGUUUCAAGCUUCAAGCGUGUUCGUCAGUUGACGAAAGAUUGGCGCGUCGUUGGCGAUGCCAUCAAACGUAAAAGCGUUAAAAUCGAACUCAAUGAUUUGGGAACGAAGAUCCGAAGACUGGAAGCGCUUCCGGUGUAUGACGAAACGACCCCAUCCCGUACGGUCGUAGCAACAGGGCUGCCAUACGACAAAUAUACAGUGGAAAAAGUCUCCGAACUUUUCUCGAAAUGCGGUGAGAUUUCUUUGAUCCGUAUCCUACGUCCAGGUGGUCCCAUUCCAGCCGAUGUCCGUCAGUUCAUUAACAAACACCCAGAGCUUCAGCAGAACGAAUGUGCUCUGAUCGAGUUUACCGAAUCGUCAUCGGCUCGUCGUGCUCAGAACAUGGACGAGUUCAUCGUUCUGGAACUAGUGGCCCCGAAAAAGAAGACUGGCAAAAAGGCCAACGUAACCAAAUUCGUCGAAAACUACAAAUUCGCUGCCGGUCACGACAUCGAACGUAGCCGCGGAGGUGAAGCAUUUGAUCGCUUCAAGAUGCGACGUGGAUCGACUGGUUUCUAUCCUAAGUCGGAAAUGCAGCAAAUCUAUCAGCAGAUGGUCUCACAGCCACCACCAAUGCACCAUGAGCAGCCACCGAUGCAGCCCCAGAUGAUUCCGCUGCAGGCCCAGCAGCAGCAACCGAUGUUCAUGCCACAAUCGCCACAGCAGAGAAAGUAUUCGUACGGAAAUGAAAACUUUGAUUACUUCAAUCGCCGCGCGAAUUCAUUCUCGAUGGGUAACACCGAUCCAUCGCGCAAGUAUUCCAGCUGCUCGGAAGGAUAUUCUAGCUGUGGUGAAAUGUCACGCCGAACAUCCCAGUGCUCGUCCAUGGCGGACAACAUGUCUCGCCGAGCGUCCAACUGCUCCGAAGUGCCAUCCCGAAGAUCAUCAAACUGUUCCGACUUUUGCUCGUGUUCGCGUCGGGUUUCCCAGUGCUCCGAUGUCUACCGUCGUAUUUCCCAGUGCUCCGAGCACAACACCCGCAAGUUUUCCGUUGGAUCCAAUUACGAUCGUAAAUUUACCAACUCUCCGGAAAUGGUUAUGCCACAGCGUCGCAUUUCCAUGGAAUCAAACUUUGAACGCAAAUUCUCCAAUGGCUCGGUCGGCUACGAGAGCCCCAACAUUUCCCCGAGGAAGUACUCCAAUGGGUUUGAUCCGCUGAGAAAGCUGUCCAACGGUUCCGAGUACUACAACGGUCGACGCAUUUCAACUGACUCGGGCUACGAUCGACGCAUCUCAAUCGACUCGGAAUACUCCACUGGAGGACCACGAUCCCGUUCGAAUAGCGCCGUCCAGAUGCAGUGCCAACAGCAUGGACAGACCACCGAAGCCGUAGUGCGCACCCCGAUUGGACCAGAUGGCAGCAGAGGUUUUGGAUCGAGAACACGACGCGUUGGCCAAAUUGUGCCACCAGCUCAGUAGGGGGGUUCAAGGGGGUGACACACAGGUGACAGGUAAGCGCAGAAAUAGAUAGAAAGAUCCCGUCCCACGCGGCAAAGCACGCAACACGAAUUAGGUUCGGUUAGGCCACAUUUUGCUUCUAAUUUAAGUAUUUCGUCCUUAGUAUUUCGCUUUUACACAAGAUUGAGCGAUCGCGAACGGCAUAGAGCUAGAACCCUGACGACGACAACGACGACGGUUCAGCGGUUCAAGACUUUCACUGUCCCAGUUUUUCUCACGCUCUUCGCGUCGAAUAUGCACCGGCUUCGGACGGUUGCACCAAUCAAUGCAGCAGCCACAGUCUGCAGCAGAGGAAGCGUGAAGAGCGGUGAUCGUGAAUAAUUGCGCAAAGUCAACAAUCGUACCCAACACAGUCGCAGUCAAGUUGAGUCAGAGCGGGUGCCCGGUCAGGUCUGCAGAUAAAAACGUGCUCUCGACGGCUGUCUGUCGAGUGACGUGCGAGCGAGCGGCCGAGCUCGGAGAGCGACCAGCGCAUGCAUGGAGGCGAGGCAGACAGCCUGGCGUGGCACGUGAGCUAGCAAACUCGCCCGCCAAGAGCAAGAGAAAGAGAACAACUCUGCGGAUCUGACUCUGGCGCUGGGUGGCUGACUGACUGUGAGGCUUGUUUUUGUUUUAUUUUGCAUUGCCUCCGGGCGGAAUGAUGAAUGGGCGCCGUUCCGCUGGUACGUACACGUACGAUCGUUGGCUUUGGGCGAGAUUUUGCAGUGUGUUUUGAACCGCGCGAUCCAAGUCAGGCCAAGAGGACCAAGACGGUGCAGGGAUCGGUCGUGUUUGUGGAAUGUGCGGGCGCGAGUGGAGCAUUCUUGCUGGUUUUGAGUUUGUACGAGCGCUGAAAUGAGCGUGUGUGAGUAGCGUGAGCGAUCGCGGUUUGGCGUUUGUGCGUGACGAGAAUCUUGAAAGAUUUCUAUUUUUAUUUAGGUUAGGAUACUUUUUUUCUGUUUUGUUGUUACUCUAUUAUCACCGACCUUGUAUCUCGUGACAUUGUUCAGUUACUUUUUUUUAAACCCCCUCGUAUUUAUUCAUAGUUGUGUUCGGUGCAUCACUAGUUGCUACACAGACGUAGCUCGGUAGGUUAUUUUUUUUUUUCUUUCGAAGGAUACAAGUGCAUCACGAUAUUAGACUCUAGGGCUUAGACGUUAGGAGUGUUCAGCGCCUUCAAGGCAUAUUAACAGAUACAUUGUAACAUUUGAUAGUUGAUUUUAUAUGCUGAUCGAAAAGGUAACUGUCGCUCUACCGAACGGAAACGGUUCAUUUGAAAGGUUGAUCUUCGCGAAGAACUUGGUGGCGCUCAGCAUGGCUACGUGGCAACAAUAUCAACGUACUUCAUCAAUAGACUGCUUGAAAAAAUACCACGAAAUUUGAUUGAGGUCUCUUGAAAUUUCCUCCACAUAAUGACCUUGACCUGUUUUCUCAGCUAACCUCUAAGCCAGCGUUUCUCAAUUUCAUUGCCAAUGUUUGCUAUUUAUGAGCUAU